CGAACCAACAACUCAAGAAAAAGAAACUACUUUUCAGAUAUCAAUCAUGUUCUCUCCAGUACUCUUCAGAUUCUCAAAACCUAAUUCUUUUCUGGUCCUUCUCUUCUUCUUGUCCUAUUUUCACCUUCUUCCUUGUGCUCUAAGUCAACGAGAACCAUGUGAUACUCUGUUUCGUUGUGGGAAUCUCACAGCCGGUUUCCCUUUCUGGGGAGUGGCUCGGCCUCAACCUUGUGGUCAUCCAUCUUUAGGGCUUCACUGCAAUAAACAAUCAAAUUCGACUUCUCUAAUCAUCUCAGGUCUGAUGUACCGUGUUCUCGAAGUAAAUAUCACAAAUAGUACUACUCUUAAAUUAGUAAGGCAAGACUUUUCAGGUCCAUUCUGCUCGGCUUCAUUCAGCGGUGCAACGUUGCCUCCUGAACUCUUUGAGCUUUUGCCGGACUACAAGACCCUCUCCGCUUACUACCUCUGCAACCCUCAUCUUCAUUAUCCUGCGAAUUUCACAUGUCCAAAUAAGGGUGUUGGCUUGAUGUAUCAGGAUGAUUUGUAUCACAAUAACUGUGGUGGGAGUUUCAAUAUCACUGUUCCUAUAGGUUAUGCCCCAGAGGAGGAAGGUUUGAAUGUAACCAAUUUGGAAAGAGUUCUUAAAAAAGGAUUCGAGGUGAAGCUGAGUAUUGAUGAGAGACCGUGUCAAGAAUGUAAAUCCACUGCUGGAAUCUGCUCCUACGAUGUUGCAACUCCAGUUUGCUGCAAGAUAAACUCGUCAUCAGAACUCGAAUGCAUCCCAAUGAUUCCAUCAGGAUCUAAUAUUGUUGAUGAGCAUCACAGUCGCUGCGCUCAUCCGUUUAGCUGUGGUUAUCAUAUGGAUCUCUAUUAUCCCUUUUGGACACCUGAGAGAAAAGAGUGCGGUCACCCAGAUUUCGAGGUCAAGUGCAGCCGAGAUUUUGUGGAGUUUAGUAUAUCCUCCGUGCAGUUCCGAAUCCUUGAGAUGAACUAUGAGUCUCAUAUCAUAAGACUUGCCAGAACGGAUUAUCUCAACAAUCUUUGUCCUCGGUAUCCUGUGAAUGCAACAAUCAACCAAGAUGUCCUUCCGUUUUCUAACGACACCAAGCUGUCAACUUUUUACUACGACUGCCCUUAUCCAAAGGUAGAUGUUCAACCCAAUGAUGACAUUAGACAGCUUAACUGUAAGGAUCAAAUUGGUAGUCGAAGUUACUUUUUCUCGUCACAUUCUGGGGAUAGUGCUAUUUUAGGUCGGUUAAAUGCAUCUUGUGAAAGAAACGUCGGUAUUCCAGUAUCUCAAUCUGCCUUGAAGACAGCAGAUAAAAAUCAGAGUCUGGAGGAUGUUUUUAAUGAGGGUUUUGAACUUAGCUUUAACAGUGAGUGUGCCCGAUGUGUAACAUCAGGGGGUGCUUGUGGCUGGAGCUCGACAAAAUUCGUCUGCUAUUGUAAAGAUAAGCCUCGAGAGCAUACUUGCUAUCCCAGAAAGAAGAGUCUCUCCAAAAAAGCGAAAAUAGGCAUUGGAUUCGCUUCUGGAUUCUUGGGUGCCACUCUUAUAGGCGGAUGUUUGUUCUGUAUCUUCAUCCGGAGAAGGAAGAAACUUGCAGCACAAUACACAAGCAAAGGCCUAUCAACAACAACGACUUACUCAAUGUCAAACACUCCAACUUCCACAACAAUAUCCGGCAGCAAUCACUCUCUUGUGUCUUCAAUGUCUAACCUUGCAAACGGAAGCGUCUACUUUGGAGUUCAAGUCUUCAGCUACGAAGAACUCGAAGAAGCUACUGAUAAUUUCUCUAAAGAGCUUGGAGAUGGAGGCUUCGGAACUGUCUACUACGGUACACUAAAGGACGGACGAGCUGUAGCUGUAAAACGACUCUUCGAAAGAUCACUAAAACGCGUAGAACAAUUCAAGAACGAAAUCGAUAUCUUGAAGUCCUUAAAACACCCGAACCUAGUGAUUCUAUACGGAUGCACAACAAGACAUAGCAGAGAGUUACUCCUAGUCUACGAAUACAUUUCCAACGGCACACUCGCUGAACAUCUCCAUGGAAACCAAGCACAAUCUCGCCCUAUUUGUUGGCCUGCUCGACUCCAAAUCGCCAUCGAAACUGCAAGCGCAUUGUCCUAUCUCCACACCUCAGGGAUCAUACACAGAGACGUCAAAACUACUAAUAUUCUUCUAGAUAGCAAUUACCAAGUGAAAGUAGCCGAUUUCGGACUUUCGCGGUUGUUUCCUACGGAUCAAACUCAUAUCUCCACCGCACCACAAGGUACUCCGGGAUAUGUAGAUCCUGAGUACUAUCAAUGUUACCGUCUAAACGAGAAGAGCGACGUCUACAGCUUCGGAGUCGUCCUCUCCGAACUAAUCUCAUCAAAAGAAGCCGUCGACAUCACCAGACACCGCCACGAUAUUAACCUAGCGAACAUGGCGAUUUCGAAAAUCCAAAACGACGCCGUUCACGAGCUCGCGGAUCUAUCACUCGGAUUCGCGAGAGAUCCUUCGGUGAAGAAGAUGAUGUCGUCGGUUGCUGAAUUAGCGUUCCGGUGUUUGCAACAAGAGAGAGAAGUACGGCCAUCGAUGGAUGAGAUCGUUGAGAUUUUGAGAGGGAUUCAAAAGGAAGGGAUUAGAGAUUCGAAGGAUGUGGUGGUGGAGAUUGAUGUGAACGGUGGUGAUGAUGUUGGAUUGUUGAAGCAUGGUGUUCCUCCGCCGUUAUCGCCGGAGACUGAUCAAAUGACGGCGAGUAGUUCGAAUACGACGGCGAGUUCGUUUUGAAAGAGAGUAGGAAGAGACUCUGGACCUAAAAGAAGGUUCGUUGUCAGUAAAUAAAACCAUUGUUAAAUU